CUGAAAGAUGGCGUUCGCGUAAGCUUCCCUCCUUCCUUCGUUCACCGCUCCCGCGCUCCCAUUUUCCACCACCCGACGCUGAAGAUGAUGCUGAGAACUACUUCACCGCUCUGUUCUUCAAGCAAUUUCUCUCAAUCUUUUCCAUAUAUCUCAAUUCUUAGUCGAUGCUCUGGCCCUUCCCCAAGACGUCUCGCUCGAACUUGCAACUGUUUUCGUUCCUCGAUUCUUCAUCAGGUGCCCUCGUAUCAUCUCCUUCGUUUUCCACUUUCGCUGCCUUCCCGCCGUACAGUUGCUACUUCUGAGGUUUUUGAAACUGUGGAGGCUCCGUCAGGAUUUGUUGAAAUUGGUUACAUAUCCAAUGUUCACGGGACGCAAGGGGAAGUCCGAGUAAAACCCAGUACUGAUUUUCCUGAGCUCCGAUUCUCCACGCCCGGCACAAGAUGGUUGAAGCAGCAAGUUUCAGGAAGGGAAGCAAUUCGAGAAGUUGACCUAGAAGAGGGAAGGGAACACCCUGGUCGAAAGAGCUGGAUAUUGAAGUUUAUAGGAAUCGAUACUGCCGAACAGGCCAAGCAACUCAUUGGAUCAGCUCUCCUUGUGAGGGAAGAAGACCGACCAGAGUUGGAAGAAGGUGAAUUUUAUUCCCGUGAUCUUGUAGGCAUGAGUGUUAUUCUAAAGGAAACUGGUCAAUCACUGGGGACUGUUGUUAAUGUAUUUGAUAGUGGAGGGGCAGAUCUUUUACACGUCAUGCUUAAUUGUUCCGAAGAUAUCCUUGAUACCACAGGAAAUGCAACAUCAACAGAGACGGGAACAUCUGGUCGCCUUGUUUGGAUACCUUUUGUUGAAGCAAUUGUUCCUAUUGUCGAUCUCCAAAGACGAGAAAUGAAAAUCACUCCUCCAAAAGGACUUCUGGAAUUAAAUCUGCAAUCUGAAGAGAGAUCGAAGAAAGAAAUACGCCAACUUGAAUGGAAAGAAAGGAAAAAAUUCCAAAAACGUCUCGUAGCUGCGAAAAAGAAACUGUCUGAAAUGGAACAGAAGCACGUAUUCGAUGGUUUCAAAUUUGGAGAGAAAGCACAGGGAAGGUUACUUGCGGAUCAGAUAGUUGCAGUAAAUACCAAGUUGCUUCAAAAGGCUUUACAAGAUAUUGAGGUUCCUCCAAGAAGAUUGACUGUUAACGACUUAUUUAACGCCUCUAAAUUGGAGAAAAUACAAAAUACUUUAAGGAUAUCAGAUGAAUGUGUCACAUCUGGUGCAAAUGAAGAGGAACCUGGUAAAUACACCAGUUUGCAGAAAAAUGGACACAAUCUCAUAUCUUCUGGAAAAACUGCCGUUGUUUUAGUUGUCAAUGAUGAUGGUUGGUACUCCGACCUUGAUAUUGUUAGUGAAAAUGCUGAGCAUCCAACAUCUUCGUCCCUUUCUGAUCUACUUUGCGAUGAUAGAAGGUUUGCAAAGAUUGAAGACCGCCCAUACGUGCCUCUGAUUUUGGUAUGCUCGGCUUCCAGAAUUCAUUCUAUUGAAAAGCUGUUUAUGGACAAUGAUUACUUUGCCUUUGAUUCCGAAAAGAUCUGGUUUUUGGAAGAAGAGAGGCUUCCAGUUGUUAGCAAUGCAGCAGAUGGACUGACCAAACACAAGAUUUUGAUGAAAUCCCCGUGGGAAAUCCUACAAUCCCCAGUUGGUUCUGGAGGAGUCAUCAACUUGCUUUCAUCAACCAACAUUCUGGAGAGCCUCGCCAAAAUGGGCGUGGACUACAUCGAGAUUUGCAGCAGCAGCCAUAAAAGUGCUGGCAUGAACACUCUGCUUCUUGGGUAUAUCGAAUCGUGCGAUGCUAAUGUCGGGAUUCAGCUCCAUGAGGGUGCUAAUGACUUUGGGAAAAGCUUUGAUUUUAUAUUCUCAAUGAACUUCAUAAACAAAUUGAGAAAGCAAACGGAUAAGCUCCAGUUCUAUGCCAUCCCCAAAACAAAUGCACAUGUUGAGAAGGUUGACAAAGAGUGGGUUGAUGUUUGUUCUUCCUCUCCCAACUCAUACCAACUUUGUUCUUCAAUCUUUAGUUGGUUAGAUGAGUGUUCUUUUGAUGAAAUUUGUAUGAUGGAAAAUGCUUAAUAGAUUAUUGCUCAUGUCUCUUUUCCUUGUGGACAUGUAUAUGAGUUUUACACCAUUAAAUGUGGUUCAA